AUGUCCAACUUCAGCAGUUCCCCAACGCCAGAUCGAUAUGUUCAGAACGCCAUCAACGCAGUCCUGGACGUUGCCUCUGGACAACUUCGCCAGCACCUCACGCGACUGUAUGUUGUCUCUUCCAUCUUCCACUUCGCCCUCCCUCCUCGGCGGGGACCCGUGUGCCCUCGUAUUGAGUAUUUGCACUUUAGGGACAAUCAAGGACCUGUAGCUGCUAGAUUCAGGUCGUUAACUCCAAUAGGUCAAGAUUUGGUGUUUCGCCACGUGUGUGAAAAGUUGAGGGAGAAGUACUAUGCGAACGCUGUUGCCCUUCAAGCCAGUUUCCCCAAUGUCGAUUCUGCGUGGAAUGACAUCACAGAAAAGGUCGAUUCUGGCUCUGGCCAGGCAGCCCACAUUAGGGUUAGCUCUUGCCCGCCAUGA